CAUAUGCACGGCUUAACUUUUUAAGAUCCGCUUCCAACAGCCGCUAGAUCUUAUUUUUGUCCUAUAAUGCAGCGAACCUCAUCAACUUUGCUGCAGUGGUUGCCUAGAAAAACGAUUUCUCCUUUCCCAUGUAAUUAGAUAGGAGCGCCCGAGCUAAAGAUUUCCUCUUAAAACGUGUUAAUCACAUGACACGACAUGCUUGACCUUGUAGAAAUGCGCCUCAUCGCAACAGUACAAGUGAGAGACGGGCAGCGAAUUUCGGGAAUGAAUGCAUCCCAUAACUCCCUUCUUAAUUGUCAUUUAGAAGAUGCGCCCGCUCGCCUUUUAGGAUUGUUGCUAUGCGAAGCACCUAUAGCGUGCCAAGCAUCUCAAGAGCUCACUUGCAUGAGUUUAUUCUGCCUCUUCAGGGGUAUGUGUCUGUGGUUCAAGCAUUGUUGUUCCAGCUGUGUGUAGAGCCAAGGUUUGACAUGUACCAUCAGACAUUCUAAAUUUAUUUCUAGUGACAUCUACCAUCCAAGCUUGGCCAAAAUGGCCAGAAAUAUACAAACCACGAAGUGGGGGAGAGCCAAAGAAAGCGAUAGCUUUAAAUGUAGCAAUAGGCAGGCUAUUGCCAUCAGCACCGCUCCUCGGCCAGAGGAAGCACUAGUGUAGCAGAAACUGGAAGGGACCCCACCCCGAGUCGACUUCCGAGAAUCCUCUGCCACCCCCAGCAUCUCGGCCACCGGACAGGCACCGAGGGCCGAGAGUUCGCACCCUUGCACAUACAUGUGCGGCGCUCGCCUGUGUCUUUUGUAUAAAGACAUGAAAAUGGAACCUGCCUCCUGCUGCACUCAUGCAACAUCAACGAAACCUGUGCAGACUGAGGCCACAUGGCUGUUCAACAGUAGUGUGGAUGUUGCUGUUGAGACAUCAAGAAGCUUUAAUGUGUGCAAAUCAACGCAGACGGCUGCUUUCAAGGUACACAAGUGGACAGAAACCACGGAUCUUGAUGAAUCCGAGGACCGUGACACUCAUGUGAAAGAGAUUCCUGCUCCGCACGUGGGUGGAAUGCCAAGGCUUACCAACACGGAUCAGAGCCCUGGAGUUGUCACAUUGCACCGCCAUCAAGUAUAUGGGCAAGGCGACGGCACUUUUGUGGAUUGCUCCACUAGCCCUGCUGCCAUUCGAAUUCCAUAUUACGGACCAUGCAUUGUGCGCUGGUGCACCAAUAGGUUCAAGGCGAGCCCAGGAAGGUUAUUCCGUGUCCCUAAAGACAACAGGAUGGAAGCUUUCCUAAGGUUCGCUGAAAGGCCAGAGCUGAUAGGGUUGCCCAAAGAAACAGGAGAAUAUUUCCGAAUCUGCUCGGUGCACUUCACGGAAUCGGACUACAUAGACCUGGCUAAAACCACACUUAAGUGGUCGGCCGUGCCAUCCGUAAAGGCUCCAGAUGAGUUGAAAGCUCCGCACGCGUGUGGAAUGCCAAGGCUCACCAACACGGAUCAGAGUCCCGGAGUUGCCACAUCGCAAAGCCGACAAGUAGAUGGGCAAGGCGACGGCACAUCUGUGGAUUGCUCCACUAGCCCUGCUCCUGGUCGAUUGCCGUAUUACGGAUCAUGCAUUGUGCGCUGGUGCACCAAUAAAAGCCCGGGAAGAUUAUUCCGUGUUCCUAAGGACAACAGGAUGGAAGCUUUCCUAAAGUAUGCUGAAAGGCCAGAGCUGAUGGGGUUUGCCAAGGAAGUAGUACAUUAUUACCGAGUCUGCUCGGCGCACUUCACGGAAUCGGACUACAUGGACCCGGCGAAAACCAAACUUAAAUGGUUGGCCGUGCCAUCCGUAAAGGCUCCAGAUGAGUCGAAAGGCAGUGGAGCGAGCCAUGAGCAACCCCAUUCGGCUCUCCCAGGAGCACUUUUGCAGCGUGAAGCCACUAGCUGUCGCUUUACGUGUGUUGUUCAAUGGUGCAAGAACACAUCAAGGCGAAGUAUGCCACGCGACGUCAAAUUCUACCGCAUCCCUAAAGGCAACAGGAUGGAAGCGUUUUUAAAGUACGCUGGAAGGACGGACCUAUUGAGUUUGCCCACAGAUAAAGUCAGCAACCGCAGGAUAUGCUCGGUGCACUUCACGGAGGUGGAUUUCAUGGACCCAGCGAGAAGAAGGCUCGUGUGGUCAGCUGUGCCAUCCGUGAAGGCGCCAGAUGACCUUCCCGAUUCAGAAAGUGACACUGCCAGCCCUGGGGACCUGCGGGAGCCGCCGCCUCAGCCAGGGCCAUCUGAGUUAUGAAGAGAUCACAUCAAGUCCACCUGGUGCUUCAGUGAGGCCACUUUCCAGUCGACACUCGCGGAGCUCCCUCGCCUGAGGGUCUCCUGGGAGACGCAGUCAGAGAAUGUGGCAUUCAACUACACGGCCAGUCAGAUCACUCAACAGCGGCUGUUGCAGCCUCGUCCAGUAAACAGCAACAACAAGCAGCUCAGUCGGCAACCGUGGCCAGAGGGAGGGAUGAUUCUAGUCCUUGUGAGUUUGCCGGGAGCCAACCUUCAAGUGGGGCCACAGUGUCUUACAGCUGAUCUUCUGCCAGAGGCGACUGCCCAGCUCAAGUAGGAACCAGUGCCGUUCUUUGUGAAGAGGCAAGCUCUCCCGUUGCUGCCGCGAAGUGAACGAGCGUCACAUACGCCUGCACAUUUUGCUUGCAAGAAUUUCAGGAGAUAAGAUCCCUUCCUGCCCAUGUAGAGAAGCGCCCAUGGUCAUAGCCAUAUCGUUAUCACUUGGGCUGUAGCCAUUGCUCGGACUGGAGCACGACGCAGACCCAUCUAGGGAAUCGGGAACGAAGUACUCUUUUUCUGAGCACACAAUUGGCCCAAGGGCCUGGGAGAUGAUGCGACACAUGAAGCCGCAUGUGACUGUCAAGCAGUUCAUGUGCAACAUCUUCCAAUUGUCCUUCAUGAACGGGUAUGAUCUUGUUGCACACAUUCGCCGGCUGCCACCUGGUGCAAAAUUUAUGUACAAGUGCGGCUGGUGUCCAAUGUCAUACUUUAUAAGAAAAGUAUGGCUGCUUCGCUUUAAGGGCAAGUCACCAUUCCAGCAGCACGUGUGAUAUCAUGAUUUUUGAGAAACAGCAGUGUGCUGUGUGCUCGCGUGAGUUUGUGAAUGAGCGGAGCCAAUCUAACUGGGUCUUCGUUAACUUCAGAUUCCAGCUUUUUAUUUCGCAUGCAUUUGUGCAAACUCGGCACUGUCAUGAAAACCUUUUGGCGAGCAGAGGUUCAGCUUGAUCCCUAACCAGCCUCCCUUUGCAAGCAGGCUGCCCAAAUUUAGUUUGUAUUGUCUUGAGUUGACUGUAAAUCGACAUUUUAGGCUGUUGCUCAGUGAGGUAGCACCAUGUAUGUGCCCGUCUGGUAUGGGAUAGCAACUGCGCAUUGUUGGCACUGUGCAGCGAUAUGUGCAUGCAUUGUAAUUGCAGUAAUUUUGCAAUUAACACUUGUGGGGAAGUUGCGGCACUGAGGACCCAGUCGGCUGGACUCAACCGGCGCUGUACUAUUGUUGUUCCUCUUCUGUGCCACACAAUGUCACUGGGGCCGUCCGAUCUUGUGCACUUGACGCCAUCUCCCCACACACUGUAGUUGCUUAAGACCUGCACUAUCUUCCAAAAUCAAUCUUGACACAGUGCAGGUCUUUCACGAGGGAGGCACAUGCCUUUCUGCUGACACUGUGUGCUGUGCCACGACUCCUCGGGUUGUAAAACGACUGAUGGCUUCAUUUCCAAAUAUGUAGUUAAUAUUGCAUACCAAUAUUGUUGUUACUGAUACUCGUUUCUUUUGAUACAUGCAUUGUUGCAAGUGCCCUUGUGUGACAUUCUUGCUUUGCCUUGAUUUUUUUUACUUUUUCAAGGCCAACUACUAUUCUGUUAUACAUUCCUCUAUUUCACUCAGGAUCGGCUUGCUUUGUAUCUUUAUACAUGUUGUUUUCCUACUGCUGCCAUAUUCUUAGUGCUGUCCCGCACAGUUUCCUUGUGUCAUUUCUUGUCAUAAUAAUUAUCAGACGCGUGCCACAGAACCAACAUCAUUCAUCAGGAGUGACAUCAUUUGCAUAGCACAAACCCGAACCACAGAGCCUUACCAGUCUCUGCAGUACUCUUUCGUACUUCGCAGACAAUUCUGCACGAGCUAUGAGAGUAGUGCCAUUGUAGAAGUCUCUAUUUGUGUGUUUCACACUGCACUCGUUUAGGAUCUGAGACACUUUCUAUGCUACGAACUAGCUACUUCACAUGUUACAAAUACAACUUGUAGUCUUGAGGUUACGUCAAGGUCACUUAAUUGUGUACUUUUGUGCUUCCAGUAGUGAAUGCACUAUGUUUUGGUCACGAGCACAGGCUGUGCACGAUGACCACUGGUCACAGAAAGGUGUCACUUCACUUGUUUCAUGGUGGUAAAUACGCUCAGCUCUGUGAUGCCUUCCACGUUAUAAUUAUGUGACAUUUUGCUACAUGAGAUAGGUGCCUUAAUGCUAUAUUGUCACGACGUCGAAAGCUCGAGGGACAAACGAAACGCACUUGUCGGCAGAGGCAGAGAACAAGAACGGACAGUUUUAAGAUACCACGCGCUAGUCACUGCUUCUUCUUCUUGCUAUGUUUUUCAUAAGUGCCGAUGUGUCUUAUGUCGUCGUCAUCGCCGCGCUCGACACGUGGCAUUUGCCUCCCUCCCAAAGGAAGCAUCGUCCCGAUGCGCAACUUGACUGUAUGCAUGUACGAGACACUAAAACACGAGUCACUUGGAAAAGUACGGCUUCAUGCGCACCACAUAUUUCAUUACACAAUGCACGUCUACAUUUUUCUUUCGCGUGUGAUGGACAAUUUUUUUAUCGCAAAUGCAAGCAGUGAGAGAAGACUUUUGUAGUGUCACCUGAUAUAGAGUAUGUACGACCAGUUCACGCCCACCUCACAAUGAGCAGCACUGAAACUGAAAAUAAAGGUACGGUGACAGCGGCUGUAAAGGUGCUGCUGCGUUACAUGAAACGUGCUGGGUCGGACAACAAAUUGUGACUGGGUGACAUAGUCCACUGUGUGAUGUUUUGUCUCUGUUCGUGACACUGACAGCGUGUGUGACAUGUGACAUUGUGAUACAGUGUGUGCUGCCCACACAGAUAGUCUUAUGUCAUUAUUUUCUCUCGUCUUCCAUGCCACAUUUCCCCUUCCCUAGUACAGAGUAGCCAGCAGAAGAUUCUGUGGCUAACAUCCCAGUCUUUUCUUUUUUAUCUCUCUCUUUGCUUAUCACUUACUGACGUGUGAUACUACAUCAUGACCAAAACAAUGUGCCAACAAUGGAGUCGUGGAGCCAGCAGUUGUCGCUUUAAGGGCGAAAUCUGUAAUAGACACCACCCUCAUAAACAUGCCAAAUUGGGUAGCAUUCAUUGCUGUGCAUGAUGAAAGAAAUUUGUGCCAACUUUUUCUUUUCAUCUUGUUCAUUCCCUGGAACACUGCUGCUGUUGCUCGACUAGGCACAUGGUCAAAAAUUGGCCUCCUGAAUUGCGAAGACUUGUUUCUUUAUGUAGGGUGUGAAGGUAAUGCUCCCAACAUAAUGGCAAGCUACUAGUGCUGAGGAAACUGGUGAUUCAUGACCAGAAUGUGUAGCACGACUAUACAGGCUGUCCCAACUAUCAGUCGCAUGGCAAUUUUGCGUGUAUUCGCAGGCUUCGUUCACACUUGGAAAAACACUUAUGUAGCACGUAUUGAACAGAAAGCUGUAUUGUGAGUCUUUCAUGUUGCUCUACAAUGUUCUGAUUGACACUUUUCAUCUAAUUAAAAUAUUUGAGAAGUUGAUUAAUUAAGACUAAUUAGGUGGAAUGCAAGAAAUAAUCUGAGUAUCUCCAAGCGAUGGCAAACCACAUUACCUUGGUUUUGUCCAGCUAUGUGGCAUCUGCGUAUUUUGAAAUCUUGGUGCAUGACAGUUGGAACACCCCGUAUACAAAGAGAAAGACGACAACACUCUUGUUUAGUCUCGCCUUACAUUUUAGUCGUGAAUCCGAACCAUCUAUCCCGCCAACAUGCUUUAGUGGCGAUUUCACCAGACGAGAAGCGAGUCUGCUGCUGACGUUUACUUCUGAGGAAAAGAAAGCGCACCAGGAAGAAUUAAUGCGAGAAGAGGCAGACUUGUACAAUGAUCAACAGUGCUACACCAAGUCGGCUUUGUGCCUUUGCGCAGGUUUUGAAAUGUGAGUUAUGGCUUUUAGCUGGCAAUAGACCUCUUGCACAAUGCCGACAACCCUGUGCGCACGUUGGGUUCCCGCCACCAUCGUGAAGGGUAGACAUGCAGGCGAGCGUAGGACGUGCGCAGAAGUUUGUGGGCCACGCCGGCUAUUAUGCUGCAGGUCUAUUAGUGCCCAUAAUUGAUUUAGAAGUUUUUCUCUUAAGCACUUCACACUUGUAGUACAUGAUGCUCUCGGCGCAGGCAUUCGCUGCAAGUAUCGGAGAAUGCCGACCUCGAGACGUCGUUCUAUUCUAAAAAAAAAAAAGUCGCAGUUUCGCCCGAAAUGCGAAGCAUCGAUUGCGAUAGCAAAUUAGUAGAGAGCUAUUCGGAGUAGGGAUAGUAGUUUUAUCGGCUGCAUAAACUUGGACACAUUGGCUUACUAACUGAAUUAACAAUCGUGGUGUCAGCGCGCACAAGCAAACAUGAAUAGAUCACACUGAAUGACCGCAGCCAACGACUGUCAAAACUCUGGCAGCAACCGCAGGUUCGCGCGGUCUACCGCUUCAACGGAAACUGAGUGGCAAAUGCACAGCGCAUACAAAGGUCAGAGCCGUGUGGAGAUAAGAGACGGUGCGGAUGACCGGCAUCUCCGGGCAAAGCGCAAAGGAGAAGUUGGCAGAGGAGAAGCUGCCCCCCCCCCCCUCUUCCCGCUUUGUUGCUUUUGCGUGAGAGAUUGAGUGGCAAGAUACGCCUUUGGUGCCGGAGCACAGCGCCGCCCCGCCUCCCUCCCAUACCCCCACGGUCUUUUGCGCGACGGUCACGUUUGCUUUCUGCCAAGCGUUCGCUCUCCGUGAUAGCGCGCGGGGGGGGGCUUCGCCCUCCGUGAUAGCGCGCGUCCCCCGCGCGCUUUCGCUCGCGCAUACGGCGCGCGGCGACGAUUUUAUCGCCCUUGAAAUCUAUACGGAACCUCAUGGCGACGGCCGACGGCAGAAAUGUCCAUAUAAUUGCUACAGCAAUAAAACAUGCCACAAUGUGCAAGCUGCUAUCCCCAGGCUGUGCUCAAAAAUAUGCGGCAGCAGGACAUCCUUACCUGACCAAGCCACACCUGCCUUAAGAUGGGUAUUUUAAAUAUAUGGGGCGAUCAUUUUUAAGUUUUCUGGAUUUUUGUCCAAUGGUGAGCCGAAUCACGCACAAGGGAGGAAAGCGGGAAGGCAGAGGGGGCGGCGGCUUGUACUCUGCUUGCAACUGCGUAGUUUGCGCAGCGGCGCGCGCCAUAUCUUGACAGCGAUCUGCAGAUGCGACUAAUUCGGGAUCGGUCGGCCUGCCGCCGCUUGCGUUGCUGCUCCGUCCUUCUCGCACGGCGCUCGGGAACUCGAUCACGAGAAGAACGUACCCGCCACCUCGACAGCGCGCACAGAACCAGUAGCAAUUAAGUCAACCAGCGCGCUUUGCGUGCCCAAAAUAUCUAAUCCAAUUUUGAAGGCAGUUUUUCCGGUACAUAAGUUGCACCGUUCUAUAAGACACACAGACGAAAGAUUCAGAAAAAAAAACUGCGUCUUAUACACUGGAAAGUACGGUAAUUCUGUUUGAGCUGGAUUAUUCGAAGAGGGACAUUACUAGCACGAGAAAUCGAAAACACACAUUCAACUAAUUAACAAUUUACUAAUUAAUUAAGCACUUUAUGGCAUGUAUUCCAUUUCACGAAUUGUAGCCAGUGAGUUUGCAAGACAUAACCACUUGAAAUGAAUCUCCAGGACAACACCAGCUUCGAGACAUUUCUCAUAGUGUGGGACUAAACACAUGAGCGUUCCAGUUACUUUUGUGCUUCAGUGCGUAAAAGAGCCUUUUGUUAAAAAAGUAAGUCGAACAACAGUGCAUAUUUAAGGUGAUUUUGAUGGUGUAUAUCAUCUUCAAACUGGUGUCAUUCUGGAAAUUCGUUCCAAGUGGAUACACCUAGCAAACUCACCGGCUACAACUUGUAAAUUGCAAUAUGCACCGUAAAAUAAAUAAGAAGUUCAUUAGUAAAUAUUUUAAAUUACUUGAAUAUGUUUCGAUUUGUUGUGUUAGUAAUUAAUGUCUGUCUCUGAAUAAUUCAGCUCAAUGACAAGAAUUACACUUUCUGCCUCAGGCAAUUUUUUUUAAAUUCUGGGAAACUUGAAAAUGAUCACCUCGUACAUAAUUUUUUUUUUAUUUUGCACCACUUCAACCACAGCCACGUUUCGUGAAUGUAAUAAAAAAAAAAAUCUGCAUGCAGAGGCAUUUAUGGGCACAGCACACUUGUAAACCACACAAAUAAUGUGCUAAGAGGCACCGAACACGACACCAUUGACAUUUUCCUGAAAUCGUGCAUAUUAAGUUGCAAAAUUGAGUGCUAUUUUGAACUCGCUAAUGUGGAUUUAAAGGUUUUUUAAUAUGCAUUUACAACACUUGGAAAGCUGAUUGGCUGCAGCCUACGUUAAUCCGGCCUGCUAAUCAGCAACAGACCACGUGUUGGUGCUGCCAUUUUCACCACACCUUUGUCACUGCUUGAAAGGAUACUAUCUAUUUAUGAUUCAUUAAAAUGCUUUCCAGGCCCGAAGGCAUUACAGAAAGGAGUAGUACACAUAAACAACAAAGACAUGAAUGUGCAGCAAUAAAGUUUUAACACAUGUUGUUUACGGCUGUUUUGAAGCUUGCAUUAUGCGGAAUGAUCGCGUGUUACAAGUUGUUCAUUCAGAGCUCUAGGGGUUCAAUUGGUAGAACUAGGACAAAUACAAAAUCGUGCACAUUUACGACAAGACGUUACGGCAUAACGAGACUGAUUGAUGAUUGGACGAUAGCAAACAAGCACGAUUUUGAAUACUUUCAUUGGGUUGUCUUAGAGCAGUUUGAGAAGGGUCGCAGAUUGCCAAAGCAUAGAUGUAGAGCCUAGUGGCAAGGUCCAUUUAGGAAUAGCUGCAGUGUGUGUAGCUGUAAUAAGUACGCUCCUUUCUAUUAAGCAGACAUGCUCCAUAGGACAUCGGAAGAUUCUCAAUAAGAUUGCCUCCAGCAUUGCAUGUUUAACCUCCCCACGAGUUCUGAUAGUUAAGGUCUCCAAUAAUGAAGAGAGAUGAUGGACCAUAUUUUCAAAAUAAAAGCCUCCGAGUUGCUGAUCUGGUGGCAUACAUAAAGUACAGGUAUCUUAUUGAAUAAAACUGCUCGAAUGGCUACAGCGUGAAGUGGCAAAUGGACGGUCACAUGAUAACUUGAAAUGGACCUUCCUACAAUUGCCACUCCACUUGAGGGAUAGGUGCAGUUGAUGCAAACAUUGCAAAAAAAAUUACACAAUUCUUUAAAAAUUCAUGUUUCAGAGUGAGGUAAGCCUUCUGAAGGCUGAGUACCGUUUGUUUGCAUUACAAUAAAAUCUGCAUUUCUAAAUGUUUCGUGAGAGACCUCUAGCACUACAUUUUGCUAUUUCGCUUGCCCUUGAAAAAUAGAAGAAAAAUAAAAGCGUUAAGUGUGGCUGGUACUCGUACUAAGCAGCAGGCUUGUCUCGAGUGAAUCGAGAUACCACAAACCAGCGCCAGCGAACUGCAUAGCUGUAGUUUACAUCUGAAAACUGUCUUCACAGUGCAUGUCUUCUAUGCACUGUGGUCAAAUGUUUUUUUUUUUUAGUACUUUUUUUUUUUAAUAUGACACAUGAUCCAGAAUAAACGGCAUGUGGACCACUGCAGUUGUGGCACUUAAUGAAUGCAUUCGCACAGUUGUCCAAGUUGUAUUAAUGUUUUCAGCACUUUGCACACGACAGUUUCCCAUAGCAGGAAUGUGAGCCAUGCCCAUAUCGCAGGCGUUUGAAGCAUAUUUUUGGUUUCAGAAUUAACACUGGACCGCUGAGGAAAGCCCAGAUGACUGCCUCAUGCAAAUACAUUCGGUUAAAGGGGCCAUGACACGGUUGUCCAACUGUUCUCAGUCUACCUUUGUAACUAAGAGUAGAGGGCCCAAUAUGGUUAUACACACAGGGGGAGAAAAAAACGCACAAACACACAUUUGAACCUGAACUGUCAAUUUCAAAUUGCUGCCUCUCAAUCCCUCCCAUCGACAGCAACCGCCAUUUUGGCAAGGCGUUGUGAUGUCGGGAACUGAGGGGCCACCCCUGUGUCAUCCGCUCUGAAACCGUUGGAGACCACAUCGGACGUCUUUCACCACACGCUCUAGCAACCGAUGGCAUAGCAAUGGCGUCGCUGCUCAACUGCGCCCGCAAAAAAUUCACUCUUUCCUCUGUCAAGAAAAUGGGGGUAAACGAAGCUUGUGGCAAAACGACACUGUCGCUGGCGCUCCGCUUCGUUCGCCCCAAACUCGGGGUCGGCAGCUCUUCCCUGACGUUUGACCUUGGCUUAGGAAGCCCUCAUGCUAGAAUCGGACAACCGGCUUUGCUUACCCCCAUUUUCUCGACAGGGGAAGGGCUGGUCUCUUUGGGUCCCAAGUGUAACAAGGAUAGUUCAAAGGCCUGUUACAGGUCUCCGAACCCAGAGGUGUAUGUGCCAUUGAGCCCUUUCUGCAUUAUCGCCAGGAUCGGCCCACUUUUCAACGUGAUACCACCACCUGCCGACACUUGUGAACCUAUAAGGAUUCGCUUAAAAAGCAGUAGCAAACUACGUAGAUGUGCCGAGACGCGCAUGCAAAAACGAAACAGCGCAUGGCGGCCACGACGUAUUUUCAGCUCCUACAAUCACUUCUGGUGUUUGCAAUGCAUAAAAGCACGGCUUUCAAGACUGGCCUCUGUUACCCAAGAGAGCUGUUUUUGGGGGUGCCAAUUUAUUUCGUCACCAAUCAGCGUCGCCAGACUGAAUUACGGCUCAAUUGCAACAGCAAAAAAUUUUAAUACAAGUUUCCUAAUUCACCAAAUACACUUAAAUUUUGACAGCUUGCUGUAGGAUGUGUACAGUUUAACAUGCAAUGCGUAAUUUAUGCCGGAAAUUUUGGUGUCAUGGUCCCUUUAAGGUGAGGACUAAAUGUCAGGUUUUUAUCACCUUUGCUUCCCAUUUUUAUUGUUAUGCGCCUAACUGCAGCAACCAAUUGGUCAAGCAGGCCAUCCAAAUUUACUGUCUCUUCAUCUCUGUCCAAAUCGAUACCUCGAAUACUGUAUAGACUGCGGUACAGUGCAAUUUUCAGUGCCUGAUCGGCGAUUAAAUUUACUUUUUGGAGUUUUGUCUUUUUUUUUUCUUUCUUUUGACUGUACUUCGACCAGCGUGUCAUUGAUGCCAAUCUUCGGCUUAGUACUCGGGACCGAAGGUACUCUCAAUGCAUCUUGCUAUGGCAAAGACAGGUUUCAUGGUGCAAAUUAUUUAGUUUUUUUUUUCUUUUUGAAGUUGUUGAGCACAAGCACUCUUUUGAAAAGUCCACAAUUUUAAGGCAAUAGCAUUGAGGACCCCACGUCGCAGGAAAUCCGGUGUUGGCGUCCGAGAAAAUCAUCCCCAACCAUGCAGGCCCUCUGCGUGGCGCAGAGGCAUUAGUGAAAUUAAUAUAAUUUCUCAAAGUAAAAUGCGUCAGAAAAAUCGUAUAGUACGACUUAACCACAACC